CAAUAGCUGCAUUUAGGGUGUAAUGAAACUUUUACCUGAGAGACCCAAGCUUAUUGUUCCUGCCACGAGGGUUGCUCUACCGCAGGCAGGCACCAGGACAGUCAGUGCUUCCCCAGCCACUGACUGUUCGGGACGCGUUAACCAUUUCUGCAAUGUCUAAAGUCAACGUGAAAUCUAACGACUGGAUGUUGGUUGAGAAGAAAGAUAUUACUCGGGCCGUAGUCCAUUCUCGCGAAGUGCGCAAUAUCUUAGGAGUCAAAUGCGGAUCGUCCGUCAUCAUCAAGGAUGGCGAUGGACCGAUUCGUACUGUCCUGGUCGCCCGUCCAAAUAGACGCCGCAUUCCUGUAGAGGAGCCGAAAGAAAGGGACGAUCCUUUAGAGGACAUUGCGGAGAAUAUCACGGAGGGGUUCGACUUCGAACCAAGCUCGUCGGAUUGGGAGCCCAGCGACGUGGACGAUGUAUCAGACUCCGAUUAUGAGGUUUGGGACGAGAGGAAAAGGCGCAAGCUUAAUACACCGAAGCGCCAAGGGGCUAAAAAACCUGAGCCCGUGCCGAAGAACGUACUCAACCCAUCCAACAAGGAUAAUAUAAAAGCCGCUGUUGGUUGCCGCACGAGCAGGAAGCAACCUGCGCCUAGGAGACUGGUUGUGUCGCCCGACGGCAAGGUACAGGCUGUAGUGGCUAUGCCAAAGAAAACUAAUCUGAAUAACAAAGCGCAGCCAGUUACGCCGAAUACAACCAAUCAAGAACCACCUGCCACGCCCGAAAAUGCAGUUAAUCAAUUACCCAAAGAAUUACCUACUAGUGAAAAAAAAACUGUAAGGUUUUCUUUGCCACCCAGUGACCAACUACGUAGAAGUCCAAAAUACGUUUGCAAAAAAAUCCCACGUAGUAAUUGGUCCAAGGCACAACUGCGUAAAAAACCAAGAAAGUUGGUACAGAACGAAAGUAACCAAAUGAACAUAGACGACCGUGAAAGUCGUCAAGUUCAACAGGAUGACACCGUUAAUGUAUCAAUGAAUAUAAAGACAUUCAAGAACUUCUGUCGAUCAAUCCGUAGUGUCGAAAAAGUCUACGGCCGAUCGAUGAAGGUUUUGCCACAGCCUCUUAGAAAGAAAUUCGGCAAAACGGGUAUGAAAAAAGUUUUUAUGGUGGCGAAGAACCUACGACGCAUGAAACAAAUCAAAAAGACAAACAACAAACCAAAUAACACGACAAAAGAACAAGAUAAGACUAUACAAGAUAAAACAAAUGAUACAAAUGGUGAAGCCCAAAACUGUAAUGAGGAAAAUGCAAAUGAAAACGUCGAAAAUGAAAACGUCGAAAAUGAAAACAUGGAAGUGUUUGACCGCUCCGACGACAAUAUUCUAAUAAGCAACCAGUUUGAAAACAUAGAUGCGCCCACGCACAGCCCGAUAGACGAUUCAUUGGUGCCGAUUGGAAGUGGGAAAACUCUUCUGCCCAAGGAUAAAUUCCGUAAAAUUAAGUGGCAGUCCUACACUGUAGCUACUCGUGGCCUUUUGCUGGCGGCUUUUUCGCGCAAGGUGUUGGCGACUCAUUCGUUGACUGGGAAAAAAUCGCCUGCAUUCUUACACAAGCCUGCAAAGAUGCUUUUGGACCCAAAGAAAGUGUCGGAUAUCGUCAUAGAGGUGGUGGACCGAUUUGACGUCAAAGAAAAUAUGGUCAGGGGUGUGAUAACUACCAAAUGUGCCGACGAAGCUAAGAUGUUGAAGAUGCGUAUUAAGAAGAAACAACUUAUGGAGGAGAAACAAGCGGCUCAAGCCUCAAGGGAAUAGCGCCUCUACUCAAGUAUUUGUAAGUAACCAACCAGAUUAUGAGCAAAAUGUUUAUGACCAUAAAAAGAAAAAGGGAUUGGACUUUAUAUCACAGACACAUUUAGUUGCAAUUUUGGACCUUGUAAGUUUUAGAACCUUGUCACUAUAGUUUGGAUAUGUCAGGGAUAGUGCGAUGGGAUAAGUGCAUAUUUUGUGCAAUAAAUCUGUUAAAAUACUAAGAAAAGUGCACUUAUCUCAUACACUUACCUAAACAUACUCUGAAACAUUAUCUACCUAUGUAUAAUGAACAUCAAUCUGCAUUGUACGAGCACACUCGACAUAUUACGUUUCGCCGACAUCGCAAUUUACCGUCAACGCUUAACUCAAUUGUAAUAUUUUUUCAGUGCAAUAAACACGCUCAUCUAAUAUUCCGCUCCCGAACAACUUAUCCUACCUACUUCUACUCAACAACUACAUCUAAACCUAAUUACAUCAUCAUACUGCUACAUACUUACCACCACGUGUAAGGGAACUAUCCCCUAUAUACAGGCAUUUAUGCGUUAUUAUUAACUAUUACGGGUUCCCGGGCAAUGGUUUUUUUUAGACUGGUUCCCAGGGCGGUCGCUCCCUAGAUCCGUGCCUGGUAGCAAGAAUCAAAAGAAAGGGACGGUCCUUUGGAAGACCAAUUCCGUGGGAGAGCCACGCUUCGGCAUGAAUGGGCCGGCUCGACCGGAGUGAUACCACGGCCUCACAGAAAACCGGCGUGAAGCAGCGCUUGCGCUGUGUUUCGCCGAGUGAGUGAGGAUACCGGAGGCCCAAUUGGGGGGGAAUGGGAUUUAAAAGGUUGGCAGCGCACUUGUGACUUCACUGAUGUUGCGGGUGUACAUGGGCGACGGCAAUUGCUUACCAUCAGGUAAUCCGUCAGCUAGUCUGCCACCUAUCACAUAAAAAGUUGCACGGAGGGAUUCGACUUAGAACCAAGCUCAUCGGAUUGGGAGCCGAACGAUUAUUAUUAACUAUUUCAGAUUGCCGGGUAAUGAAUUUCUUAACCUGCCCCCCAGGGUGGCCGCUCCCCACAUCCGUGCUUGGCCAUUUGAUAUUUCCAUG